AUGAUUUACACACUGGAAACCGUCCUCAUGCGACAACACGAAUGUAAUAACAACGGUAUUUUCACCCCUGAAAAGCUUGAAAAGCCGUCAAUGAGUUGUUACUGGCGAACAAUUAUUUCCAAGCCACACCCGAUAUAUGCCAAGGACUUCAGACAGCACACCUCAUUCCAGAAAUCAGAGCACCCGACCGACGUCCCAGUCUUCCAGUUGACGGAAGCACGACAAUUAGCAACCAGUUAUACCCAACCCAUGGACAAAUUAACAAAUAAUAUCUGCGCAGAUGCAAAAUACUUCGGCGUCAUCGCCUGUGGUGCUGGGUUCUGCGACGAAGGAACCGCAUGGGCUGUCGCCUCCUCCUGCAAUAAUAUCUUGAUCGGUGAUUAUUGCGAAGCUGCCGAUGCGAAGGGGCUGGAGCCUCUACAGAAAGCUGGCGCUGGCGCCAUGGCAUCCUUGAAGAUGUGCAAUAUCGCAGACCGAGUGUCCGAUUGCCAGUUUGACAAUCUCGCUGCAUACAUGAUUCAGUGUCGCGUUCUCGGGUAUUUCAGAGAUCACUCGAGGAGUCGUCUCCCCGAUGUGAUAUAUGAUAGUCGAAUGAUCAGACUCUGUGCCCACCGCCCUAUUGACGUUGCGCCUUCCACGGUGUGA